UCCUUUCCCAAUUGCUAUAACCCAAUUCUUGAUUUUGCCGAAAUUCCACAAUCACGGUUCCAAUUUUCCCAAUAGAAUGAAACCCAAGUUGAGAUUUUUAGUGUUGGUGUUGAUGUCAGUUUGUUGUUCCAUAGCAGAAUCCAAAUGUAACAAAGGAUGUGAUUUGGCUUUAGCUUCAUACUACAUGUGGAAGGACUCAAACCUCACAUUCAAAGCUCAACUUUUUCAGUCCAACCUUAACAUCGACGCUGAUACUAUUCUCAGUUACAACAAGAAAACCAUAAACAGCAAAGACAGUGUUCAACAAGGUGUAAGAGCCAAUGUUCCAUUCCCAUGUGACUGUAUUGAUGGCAAGUUUCUGGGUCAUGUGUUUGAUUACACGGUUCAAUCAGGGGACACGUACGAGAAAGUGGCGCAGACUUGGUACGCGAAUCUGACAACGUACGAGUUGUUAAGGCAGUACAAUAGCUAUGACCCCAAUAUGAUACCUGAUGAGAAUGCAAGGAUGAAUGUGACAGUGACAUGUUCGUGUGGGAAUAGCUUGGUUUCGAAGAAAUACGGUUUGUUUAUUACGUAUCCACUACGGCUAGGGGACACUGCGGAUGCAAUUGCUUCGGUUACAGGUCUUAGUGUACCGUUGCUGAGGAGUUACAACCCUGGUAUAUAUUUCACACAAGGGAGUGGUGUGGUGCACUUCCCAGGAAAAGAUCAAAAUGAUACUUAUCCACCUCUGGUAUCAAGCACAACCGGAUUAGCAGUCAGAGUUAUUGCUGGAACGGCUAUGGGAGGUGUAGCUGGCGUGCUGUUACUUGCAGCCUGUAUAUAUUUCGGAUGUUACCGGAAGAUGAAGGUGGAGGCAUUGUUGCUCUCUUCAGCACCUGAGGGUGCAUCUGCUCAGCAUGAGCGCGGCCAUAGACGUACCAAGAAUAGACAUGCAGAAUCAACUGGUCCCAGUGGUGGUCCAGCUUCAGGUCAUAUAGGUAUAACUGUGCACAUAUCAUGAGUUGAGUUCUCGUAUGAAGAACUUGCCACAGCUACUAAUGACUUCAGCAUGGCUAGUAAGAUUGGUGAAGGUGGUUUUGGGGCUGUUUAUUAUGCAGAGCUGAGAGGCAAGAAAGCCGCAAUCAAGAAGAUGGCUAUAGAAGCAUCUAAAGAAUUUCUAGCUGAAUUAAAGGUUUUAACAAGUGUUCCUCACUUGAACCUGGUGUGCUUGAUCGGGUAUUGUGUUCAAGGUUCUCUUUUUUUGGUCUAUGAAUACAUUGAGAAUGGCAACUUAAAUGAACAUUUGUGUGGUUCAUCAGGGAGGGACCCCUUGCCAUGGUCUACUAGGGUACAAAUUGCCCUUGAUUCAGCUAGAGGUCUUGAAUACAUCCAUGAGCAUACUCUUCCGGUUUAUAUCCAUCGUGAUAUUAAAUCAGCAAAUAUAUUGAUAGACAGGAACUUUCACGCAAAGGUUGCAGAUUUUGGGUUAACUAAACUGUCUAAAGUUGGAGGUGUUUCACUCCCCACAAGUGUCAUGGGAACGUUUGGAUACAUACCACCUGAAUAUGCUCGGUAUGGAGAUGUUUCUCCCAAAGUAGAUGUAUACGCUUUUGGUGUUGUCCUUUAUGAACUUAUUUCUGCCAAGGAAGCUGUUCUCAAGGCAUAUGAUUCCACUUCUGAAUCUAAGAGCCUUGUCGCUUUAUUUGAGGAUGUAUUUAAUCAACCUGAUCCUAGAGAUGACUUGCGCAAAGUAGUUGAUCCUCGUCUUGGAGAUGACUACCCCCUCGACUCAGUCUGGACGGUGGCACAGCUUGCCAACGCAUGCACACAAAAGGAUACGCGACUACGUCCAAGCAUGAGAUCUAUUGUGGUUGCCUUGAUCAUACUUUCAUCGACGGCUGAGGAUUUGGAGGUUAGCUCUGUUUAUGAAAAUCAAGCUCUCGUCAAUCUAAUGUUCAGAAAGGAAAUAAAUUAUCAAGAAGAUACUGAGGAAGAACCCAAAAUGCAAAACAAAACCGCGUUCAACUCUACUUAGCCCUGGACAAUAUGAUCCAUUACAAUGGCUACAAUUUUAUCAUCCAUCCUCAAUUACCAUAUCUCCUCCAUUGAUCUAUUGUAUCUCUCGUCUUUCCUUCCAAAAUUAAUAGAGCAGUUACAUUAUAAAUAAUUAACUCUACUUGUUUGAUAAGUUGCCAAGUGCAGCUAGAUUUUAUUCAAAUGUAAUCUCACACUUUUUCAAAAUGCUGAGGGUUAAUUGCAAAUUGCUGAAGAUUCAACAGACUGCUUAAUCGACAGUCGUAUGCUUGUUGUGGUCUACUCUAGACUGCAAGUCAUGUAUUUCCUUCCUAUUCAUUUUAUUGUAACAACUAACAACACGUGAUUAACUAAGUCUAGGUGUCCCUGUAUGAUUGGAUGUCAAUGUAACUGAUUUAGGAGAUAGUCUGUUAGGAGUUAGUUUUUUUUUCUCCUAGCCUUUAU